CUGCCUAGUGUGUGUGGCUGGGGCUGUGUGGUGGGUGAGCAUCCUAGCUGCUGACGGUGCAGCCUCCCUUCUGAGCUGAGUGUAGGCAUUUUGGGAAAUCCCUUAAUACCUCUAUUCUGUGCAGGCGUAUAUAGGGAGGACCAGAAUGCUAGCUCUCCACUGCACUGCCCAGAGGCCCUUGCCUGACUUACUGCCAGCCUUCGGUACCUACAUUGCCAAGAAAAACAUGGACGUCACCAUCCAGCACCCUUGGUUCAAGCGCGCUCUGGGGCCCUUCUACCCCAGCCGACUGUUCGACCAGUUUUUCGGCGAGGGCCUUUUUGAAUAUGACCUGCUGCCCUUCCUGUCUUCCACCAUCAGUCCCUACUACCGCCAGUCCCUCUUUCGCACGGUGCUGGACUCUGGAAUCUCUGAGGUCCGAUCUGACCGGGACAAGUUUCUCAUCUUCUUGGAUGUGAAGCAUUUCUCUCCUGAGGACCUCACCGUGAAGGUGCUGGAGGACUUCGUGGAGAUCCAUGGCAAGCACAACGAGAGGCAGGAUGACCACGGCUACAUUUCCCGAGAGUUCCACCGUCGUUACCGUCUGCCGUCCAAUGUGGACCAGUCCGCCCUCUCCUGCUCCCUGUCUGCGGAUGGCAUGCUGACCUUCUCUGGCCCCAAGGUCCAGUCUGGCUUGGAUGCUGGCCACAGUGAGAGGGCCAUUCCUGUGUCACGGGAGGAGAAGCCCAGCUCGGCACCCUCGUCCUAAGCGGGCCUCACCUUGGUUGUCCCCUGAGGCCCCUGACCCAUUGAGCCCAGGGACCACAGCAGAGUCUGCCUUCCUUCCUUCCUUCCUUCCUUUCUCUUUGUUCCUUUCCUAUUUUCUCAGAGGGCUGAGGGUUUGAAGGAGUGGUUUAGAGAGCUUGGAGUCUUGGCCUGAGGUGCUGCAGGUUCAGGGUGACUGAGGCUCAACACCAGCCAGUUGGAAGAAACGAUGGCAUUGAACUCUUGAGAUAUGACCUGUCCUCCUGGAAUGUGUCAGAGUGG